AUGGGCAAGAAGAGCGGCCGCAGCAACAACGGCGGGGACGCCGCCGCCGCGACCAAGGCGACGGCGUUCGUGCUGAAGGUGCCGAUGCACUGCCGCUGCGACGGGUGCGGCGACAAGAUCCGCGCCGCGGUCAAGGACCUGACGCUCCGGUGCGACGGCAUCGUGUCGCUGGACCAGUCGGCGCUGGGCACCAAGGGCGAGCUGUCGGUCAUCGCCACGGCGGACCCGGAGAGGCUCCGUCGCCGCCUGCGCAAGGCCACCGGCAAGGACGUCGGCCUCGUCUUCCCCAAGCCCGCCGCCGCGGCUGCCGACGGCAAGGACGCCGCCGCCGUGCAGGCGCUGCUCGCCGGCCUGCAGCAGCAGCAGCCGGUGCACGCCCACCACGGGCACCCGCUGCCCGCCGGCACCUGGAACGCGCUCCAGCACGGCGGGUACGAGCAGGCGGCGUACCCGUGGGUGCUGCAGCAUCAGCUGGCGCCGCCGGAGCCGUACUUCGCCUCCUACCCCGCCGCCGCCUCCUGGGGCGCGUACGCCGCCUACCCGCACGACGGCCUUGGUGGCGCCUACGGCGGCGGCGGUGGUUGGUUCGGCGGUGGUGUCUGCGUAGUACUUAUACUAGGAUUAGUAGAGGUGCGUGCGCUCGAGGCCGCCGAGAAGCGCUGCUGCGAGUACGAGUACGACAAGAGCGCGCUCCUGCAGGCGGAGCGGGGCAAGAAGAAGAUGAAGCCCGUGCCUUCCUCCUCCGUGUCCUUCCCGGCGGCGCCCGUGGAGGUCCUGGAGCUGCGCGUGUCAGAGGUGGGCGACCGCGUGCUGGUGGUGAACGUGACAGCGUGGCGGCGGCAUCAACUUCUUGGAUGUCUGCAUUUGGUGCGGCAGGAUUGUUCGUAA